UCGUUGCUGAGUCCUCCAGACAACUCCCCGGCUCCUCUUUCUCUGUUUCUUGGAUAACUUGGAAGCAUUUGAAGAGAUCUGCGAUUCUUCUAGUCUUCGAGACCUAAGACAUCUCCAAUCCCAAACCCUCGGCUCUUCCCUUCUCCUUUAUAUCGAUCUCCCACUCUGGGAUCUUGGAGCUGGUGCGAGCUUUUCUGGAUCGAUUGGUCGCUUCUCUGGCAUUGCUAGGGUUUGAUCUCUCUCUACUUCUGCUUCUCUUUCUCUUGUAGGAUCGGCGUAAGAGAUAGUAGUUUGUUUGAUCUGUUCUUGAUAGUAUUAUGGUCGGCAAGAAUCUGUAGAUAUGGGCUUGUUUUUGGUGAUUCAUUGGGUCUCUUGAGUAGCGCUUGUUGUUCUGCAGCUCAAGAAGUGGAAUAAUGAGAAUUCUCACUGGGUGACGCUGAGGACUGUUGGAUCCUUCUCUCCAUAUUCUUGAUUUCCAAGAGUCGUUCUUGAUCCUUUCUAAUGUUUUUUUUCGUUGUUUUCGCUUGAAAUACGCUAAAUAUUGAGUAGAGAUGUCUCUGAAUCUUGGAUUGGUAGCGGUUGGAGUGUAAUUAUAUAGUGGGAAAGAGAGUUAGAUGGAGGAAGGUAGUAACAAAGGGGAUUUACAGGCGAAAUUAGUAAGGCAGCUUUCUGUUCGAACAUCCGGGAGCCUGAAAUCAUCCUUGUCUGGGAGAUCUAGUUCAAGAAACUCCCCUUCUUUCCGGCGGUUGGGUUCCAGCAGAACUCCCCGAAGGGAGUCGAAGUCCAAUUCCAGCAAGUUCCAAUGGAUUCGAGGCAACCGUCUGGUGCUUUUUUUAAUUCUCAUAACUCUAUGGACGUACAUAGGCUUUUAUGUGCAAUCUGGGUGGGCUCACAAUGAUGACAGAAAGGCAGAAUUUGUUGGUUACAAGAGCGAGUCAGGUAGUCCUAAGCAAGAGAAGGAUGCAAGAAUAGCUGCAGCGUCUCUGGAAGCCAAUACCACUACUUCUUUGAGUAAGGAGCCAGUGGUAGUGGAAGGGAAAAAAGAAUCAGACUUGAAUAAGUUGGUUGUUAGUUUGACAAAGAAAGGAAGACAGGUUUCAUCCCAUCAGAGUGCUCCUAAGAAGACCAGCAGAAGAUCAAGGCGUAAAUCGAGGAAGAAUGCUCUGAAGCCAAAGGGUGUCAAAGUGGAAAAUAGGACAGGUGAGAUGGAAGAUGGAAUGAUACCAAGAAGAAAUACUUCAUAUGGGUUGAUUGUGGGGCCAUUUGGCAAGACAGAAGAGAGGGUUUUGGGAUGGAGUGCUGAUAAGAGGAAAGGGACGUGUGAUAGGAAAGCUGAAUUUGCUCGCACUGUCUGGUCUCGGUCUUUUGUGUUGCUAUUUCAUGAACUUUCAAUGACAGGGGCGCCGCUUUCAAUGAUGGAGUUGGCCACAGAGCUUUUAAGCUGCGGCGGCACUGUGUCUGCUGUAGUGCUUAGCAAGAAAGGUGGAUUGAUGGCAGAACUUGAUAGGAGAGGGAUCAAAGUGCUCAAGGACCGGGCAGAACUCAGCUUCAAGGCUGCCAUGAAAGCUGACCUUGUUAUUGCAGGAUCAGCUGUCUGUUCAUCCUGGAUUGAGCAAUAUGUGGCAAAGUUUCCAGCAGGAUCAAGUAAAAUUGUUUGGUGGAUCAUGGAGAAUCGCCGAGAAUACUUUGAUCGGUCAAAGCAUAUGCUGAACCAAGUGAAGAUGCUGACAUUCUUAUCUGAAUCACAGUCUAAAAGGUGGUUAUCCUGGUGUCAAGAAGAACAUAUUCACUUGAAUUCAGAGCCUAUGCUAGUUCCUCUUUCUGUGAAUGAUGAAUUGGCGUUUGUAGCAGGCAUUCCAUGUUCCCUGAACACUCCAUCAUUCAGUGUUGAGAGAAUGCUGGAAAAGAGGAACUUGUUAAGAGGUGCAGUCAGAAAGGAGAUGGGAUUGGGUGACAAUGACGUGCUUAUAAUGUCUUUAAGUAGCAUAAACCCUGGUAAAGGCCAGAGGUUGCUUCUUGAAGCAUCUCUUUUGGUGGCUGAGCACAAUGUUUCUGUAAAAAAUUUUAAAAGCAAUGGUUCACUGGAGGAGAAAAAGCUGUCAGAAUUUACUAAUAAAAACCAAACAACCUUGAGCAGUGAGAAAACUACGGGUUCUUUGUCUUGGAAAAACAACCAGAUUGAUGAGCCAGCAGCUGAUAUCCACCAAAGUAACACUACUAAUGUCAAUUCUAAGAAGAGGAAGAAGAGACGUUCACGACUAGCUAAUAUGCUUUCCUUGGUUAAUCACACUUCCAAGAGUAUGGCACAAGGAGAUCAUCGAAAAUUGAGAAACUUGCUGUCAGAUAGAGAGGACAAGGAAGAGCAAAGCCUUAAAGUUUUAAUUGGCUCUAUAGGAUCAAAGAGCAAUAAAGUGCUUUAUAUUAAAACAAUUCUUAGAUUUCUGUCUCAACAUUCAAACUUGUCAAAGCUAGUGCUAUGGACUCCAACAACUACACGUGUUGCAUCACUCUAUGCUGCAGCUGAUGUUUAUGUAAUAAAUGCGCAGGGUCUCGGAGAAACAUUUGGGAGGGUGACAAUUGAAGCUAUGGCAUUUGGCCUGCCGGUGCUUGGAACAGAUGCAGGGGGCACGCAGGAGAUUGUUGAGCACAAUGUAACAGGUCUUCUCCAUCCCGUUGGGCGUGAAGGAGCACAAACCCUUGCCCAGAAUAUCCAAUAUCUAUUACACAAUCCAUCAGUGAGGGAGAAGAUGGGUUUGAGGGGAAGACAAAAGGUUCAAGACAAGUUCCUGAAGAAUCAGCUGUACAAGCGAUUUGCAGAGGUCCUUGUCAAGUGCAUGAAAGUCAAGUAGCAACCUUAUUCGAACUAAUCUCUUUUUUUUUCCAUAUUGGAUUGUGAGGUGCUAUCAUUUUACAUGACUGGUAAGUUGUUCGGGUAGCCCAUCAUUUCCCCCCAACCAGUCUGGUAAUUGGCUCAUUUUGAGCAGCGAAUUGUAUUCUGGGCUCUCUGUUCAUCCUGGGACUCUUGUAUUGCAACGUCACUUGUGUAAACCUAGAUCAAGUUCUCCCCACCCUGUGGUCACCAUGAGCCCUUCCCGGAUAAUUCAGUUGCAAUUUACUGGCGCAUUGUUUGUUCCCUUUCCAGACUGGGACCAAAAUUAUAGUUUUGCCUAUUAUAGUGAUUGAUGCAUUAUUACUGAAAUUGAUGCAACCUAAGAAGUCUGGUGCAUCAAAAACCAUGGUUGCUUAAUCUGUUUUGUCAUGAUA